ACGAAUUAUAUCAAAUUAUCAUUCGAUAAUUUAAAUUUCACUUAGCGUUUUUGCCUUCUCUGUAUUGAGGUACCGCUCAAAAGAAAGGAGGUCUCUGGGGGAAGUUUGAUAACGAUCUAUUUUAUCUAAUUUAGAGGAAACGUUCAGAGACACUUAGACCCAUCAGCUGUCAAUCAACCAAGCACAAUAAACAAACCCAGUGCGAGUAAAUAACACGCGCUUGAUUUGUUUAUUCGCCUGAUUCUUCACGGAUGAGCGAUCCCUGUCGACUAUCAGCAUUCCAUCACAGGCGGACCGCCAGCCCUUCGACAAUCGCACCUCCACAUUCUCGAUCGAAGAUGUUCGCGUUUAAUUUCAGUUUCUCCUUGGCAAUGAGGGACAUACUUUCAUCAGAGGAGUAAAGUGCGAAGAUAUCAAUGCGUUCUUUCGUCCACGAUCAGUCUAUUUAAUACAUUUAGCGCCAUUCGUCGCAAUUUAAUAUGGCAAGCAGUAAUAAUGCUUCCAAGAAGAAAGACAAACGAACGACUCUGCUCGACUUCGACUUGUCAACAACUUUAGGAACGGGGACGUUUGGAAGAGUGUUACUUUGCCGAGACCGAAGGUCUGGCGAGUAUCAUGCCUUAAAAAUAAUGAAUAUACGAGAAGUGAUCAGACUUAAACAAGUUGAACACGUCCAAAACGAGAAGAAUAUUUUGUCGAAGAUCGAGCACCCAUUCAUCGUCAAUUUAUUAUGGACAUAUCAUGACAACACAUUCUUGUACAUGCUCCUGGAGUAUGCUUGUGGUGGAGAACUUUUCACAUAUUUGCGUACAGCAGGAAGGUUUAAUAAUGGCACAGGGUUAUUCUUUGGAGCAGAAAUAGUCUCUGCCCUAGACUAUCUCCACCAAAAUAGCAUAGUGUAUCGUGAUCUCAAGCCAGAAAAUAUUCUCCUAGAUAGAGAAGGACAUGUCAAACUUACAGAUUUUGGCUUUGCAAAAGAGGUUCAUGACAAGACUUGGACUCUUUGUGGUACCCCAGAAUAUCUUGCUCCAGAAAUAAUUCAGAGCAAAGGACACAACAAAGCAGUUGAUUGGUGGGCCUUAGGAAUUCUCAUUUAUGAAAUGCUUGUUGGGUAUCCCCCAUUUUUUGAUGACAACCCAUUUGGCAUCUAUGAGAAGAUACUAUCAGGAAAGGUAGAGUGGCCAAAACACAUGGAAACUACGGCAGCAAAAGACUUGAUUAAAAAGUUAUUAGUCCAUGACAGAACAAGAAGAUUGGGAAGUAUGAAGAAUGGAACAGAAGAUGUGAAGAGUCACAAAUGGUUCAAAGUGAUAGAUUGGAAUUUAGUUUAUCAAAGAAAGCUCAAGGCUCCCAUUAUACCUAAGCUAUCUCAUCCAGGGGACACUAGGAAUUUUGAUGAUUACCCAGAGGAAAACUGGAGAUCAGCCCCACCUCUUAGUGGCAAGCUUCUGGAGCCGUUUAAAGAUUUUUAAUCGCAGAGAUUUCACGUGUUUUAGUCAACCAGUUAAUUAUGGCCGGAUUUAACGAGUGAUCUGGUGCAAGUCAAGAAGAAUUGUUUUCACUCAAAGUAUUUCACAGAAUUCGCUUUCGCCAGGAUCCCACUGAAUUGUUAUUUUAUUUAUUCAUGGAUAAGUUGUUACCUGUAGACAAUAGCGUGUACUUAUUUUUUAGACAUUCAAAAUGACACUUCCAAAUGUGAAUCAAAGCAACCGUCUGCUGUUUUAAGAUUGUAAUUAGCUAAAUUUAACAUUGUUGUGGAGAGGGUAAAUGGAAAAACUAUUUUAAGCAUAUCUUUAAUUAGUUUGAUAUAUUAUUGUUUUAAACUUUUUCUUUCAUGUUUCUAGUUUUUAUUUCUUAAGCCUCGUUGUGAUAUCGCCAUAGAAUACAUGUAAUUCAAAGCUACUUUUAUUUGAAAUUAAUUGUAGCUGAUCGAUGGUUUACACGUAAAGGGUAGGACUAAAUAAUUUGUAAGGAUUUAUCUUUGAUAAUUAAGCCUAUGAAAGGGAAGAAUAAUUAUUUCGUACAUUGUUCGUGUGGCCUUUUUGGAUUCUUUGCAGUGAUUUUGCUGCCCUAUAGAAAAACCAUGAAUUCUGGCAUGCUGAUAAAAAGUUCCUGCUGAAAUUUUUAGUUUGAUCUUUUUAUUGCAAAGAAGAUAGCGGCUCUGUGUAUUUGGGAAUGAUGGAAAAUUUUCAGCUUCCUGCAGUUUGUUUGCAAGAAAAAAAAAAUGGAUCACUGAAGUGAGAGAAAGAAUGUUCACACGACGAACUUAAAGCAUGAGAGAAAAAAAAUGGUCUGAAUUUUUUUCACACGUUUGUUACCAGUUUACAAAUAUAAAAUGAUCCAUUUCCAAAAGAGUUGAUGGUGUUAUUCUUUGAGAUCUCAUAAGAGGCCGCACGAAUCUCAUUAAAUAGAAGUGAUCCUAACCGAAAGCGGCAAGAAGCCUCAUUACUUAUCGUUCCUACCAAACCGCCGUUGGUUUGGCUCCGGUCUUUCUCCGGGCGGUUUUCCCAUUCUGUUCGUUCAUUCAACCUCACUAAACAAACCGCCUGACACUUAAUCUGCUCCGGAUUUAGCAACUUUCCGGUCAUGAAUUACCUAAGAUGAGGCUAUUUUUGUAUGCGAAUUAAAAGUUAACAUGUAGAAAAACACGGGUAUAGAGAGUCAAAUAGAGUAAAAUUUUUGUAAAAUGACUGUGAACAGCCUACUUCAGAAUUUUGAAAUAAAAUGUCAUGUACUGUG